AUGGACAAUCCCAGGAGUCUACAAGGACAAGCCCAUGAGUUCACAAUGACAAUCCCAGGGACAAUUCAAUGGGUCUACAAGGACAAACCCAGGAGUCUACAGAAACAAUCUUAUGGGUCUACAAGGACAAACCCAGGAGUCUACAGGAACAAUCCCAGGAAUCUACAGGGAAUAUCACAGGAGUCUACAAGGACAAGCCCAGGAGUCUUCAGGGACAAGCCCAGGAGUCAACAAGGACAAGCCAAGAAGUCUACAAAGACUAGCCCAGUAGUCUACAAGGACUAUCACAGGAGUUUACAAGGACAAGCCCAGGGGUCUUCAGGGACAAGCCCAGGAGUCUACAGGGAAUAUCACAGGAGUCUACAAGGACAAGCCCAGGAGUAUACAAGGAAAAGCCCAGGAGUCUACAGGGAAUAUCACAGGAGUCUACAAGGACAACCCAUGAGUCUACAAGGACAAGCCCAGGAGUCAACAAGGACAAGCUCAGGAGUCUACAAGGACAAGCCCAGGAGUCUACAAGGACAAGCACAAGAGUCUACAAGGACAAGCCCAGGAGUCUGCAGGGACAAGCCCAUGAGUCUACAAGGACAAGCUCAGGAGUCUACAAGGACAAGCCAUGGAGUCAACAAAGGCAAGCCCAGGAGUCUACAAGGACUAUCUCAGGAGUCAACAAGGACUAUCUCAGGAGUCUACAAGGACAAGACCAGGAGUCUACAAAGACAAGCCCAGGAGUAUUCAGGGACAAUCCCGGGAAUCUACAUAGACAAUUCCAGGAAUAUCCAAGGACAAUUACAGGAGUCUAACAGGAUAUCCCCAUAA